UCUUAAAUUAAAGGGGAAAAAAAUCGCGUUCUUCUUCUCUCUCCAUCUCUGAAAUGAAAUCUGAACCUUAAAACAAUCAAAAACAGACGAAUCAAAAAGUUCUUUUUCUCACUUUCUUCUCCCAACAUGGGUCAUCCUCCUCCAAAAUCCUCCAUUUUCUCUCACUUUCCCAGACUUUUCCUCGCUUUCCCACACUUUCUCUUCGCCCUCCUGCUCAUACUCUUCGCCGCCGCCUCCGCUGCCCUCGCCGCCGCGCCCACCACCAUUUACGAUUAUCUCCGCCUCCACGAUCUACCUAUUGGCCUCUUCCCCAAGGGCAUAACCGAGUUUUCUCACGACCCGUCCACCGGCUAUUUCCAGGUCUUGCUCAACCAGCCCUGCAACGCCAAGUUCGAGAAUCAGGUCCACUACGAUUUCAAUGUCUCCGGAACCCUAAGUUUCGGCCAGAUCGGAAAUUUGUCAGGCGUUACCGCUCAGGAGCUCUUCCUCUGGUUCCCCGUUAAAGGUAUUCGCGUCGAUGUCCCGAGCUCCGGCCUCAUUUACUUCGAUGUCGGCGUUGUCGAUAAGCAAUUCUCUCUCUCCCUCUUCGAAUCCCCUCCCGAUUGCACCGCCGUUGAUCCGUCCGGUUCCAAUUCGAUUGCUGUUUUUGACGACAAAAGCCGAAUCGGCGAUUCGAAUACUGGUUCUAAGAUUGGACUCCGAAAGCUUGGAUAUGAAGCUGGUCAAAGAAGCACACUAAGGGCUAGUUCAUAGAUUGCGGAGCAAAGAUAUCAUUGUUUAGUGUUCAAGUUAGCUCAAUUCGCCUGAGGGUUUUUCCCUUUGCCUGUAGAGAGUGUUGAAGAAUCUGGUUUGGAGGUCCUAUGCUUUCUGUAUGUGUGCUUUGCUUGCUAUUUUGUACAUAUAGUUCAGCCUGAUACUUCCAUCUUUACAAGGUAAAGGAGAACAAUUUUGGUAAAGAUGGGAUGAAAAAGAAAAGUCUAUGGAGAUUGGGUCUACAUUAAGCAGGAAAAGACAAGGUUAUUCAUCACAGGUUGGUUUUGGCCAAUAAUAUGAUAAAAUUGUGUCUUUCUACUAUCAUUAUUGUUAUUAUUGUUAUCACUAUGCAUAUAGAAACGUGAGUUUGAAUUCGAGGUCAUGUAAAUGGAGAAAACUAUAGUCUGUGGUUUUGUCUAAUGAAGUUUCUAAGAAUUUGUGAUUUUUCUUUU